UGUAGAUACUAAAAAAAAAAAUAUGAGUCUCAGGUCUAAAAUUGUGAUAGAAUGAUAGUAUUAUACUCAAUGGUAUUAUACUACGGUAUUACAUAAUACCUAUUUUCUAUAAUAUAUUCGAACAAGGAUAUUAUGAUGGAUCGAAUGCUGACUGCAGAUUUUUAAAAUUCAAAGGUUGUCAAUAAUUCUCAAUAGUGUUAUCUAAUAUCUAUGGUUGUGCCUAGCAAGCACCCUUGAUUCUCAAGACGCCUUGUCUAAUAGUUAAUAGUGUUAAUACAGUGUAUUUAGUUGCUUCUUGUAUCUUAUACGUUGCUGACAGAUCAGUUGCAAUUGAAAAUCGCAUGUUUCUCUAUGUCCUUCGUUCAAACAAUUGUUUGUGUGUUCAUUUUUUUAAAUCCUAAUUUCUUUCUUCGCCUACUCACCUCCGUGGACUUGAUACAUUGUACACAUAACAGUAUUAUACUCAUCGAAUUUUAUUGUCGAACAAGUUCGCCACAGUUAUGUCUAUAAAGUAUAAAAACAAUGACGUAUGUGCCGAUUGCAGUGCUCCAGAUCCAGAUUGGGUUGUUGUAAAUCGUGGAUUGUAUAUUUGUGAUGAAUGUUGUAGUAUUCAUCGUAGUCUUGGGCGACACAUAUCACAAAUUAAAAGUUUAAGUGCCGAAUGGUGUCCAAUUACAUUGAAUAUGGUUAGAACUUUACAUCAAGCUAAUGUUAAUACACUUUGGGAACAUGCUUUAAGUGAUAAUAAAAUUCACAAAAAAAAACCUACUCCCAAGGAUCCACUACCUUUAAAAGAAGAUUUUAUACGUGCUAAACAUAGACAGCAAUCAUUUAUAUUAAAAAGUAGCGAUACUAGAGAAGAUUUAAAUCAACAACUACAUUCUAGUGUUAGGACAUCAAAUCUAGAAACAAGCCUAAGAAUUUUAGCUCAAGGAGCUGAUCCUAAUUAUUAUCAUCCUGAAAAAGGAAGUUAUCCAUUACAUGUGGCAGCUAAAGCUGGUCAAAUAUUACAGGCUGAAUUGCUACUUACUUAUGGAGCUGAUCCACGUGCAAUUGAUAACAAAGGAAAUAUACCAGCGAUAUGUGCCAAGCUAUCUGGUCAUAAAGAUAUUGAUGAAAGACUAAAUGAUAGCAUGUAUGAAGUAUUAGAUGUUCUUUCAAUGUAUGUAUUUGGACGUAAAGCAGAACAUAAAAAUGAAGUGCUCAUAAUACCUUUUGAUCCAAAUGAUGAAUGUGUUAAACAAGAAAGUGAUCAACAAGGAGCUAUACAGAAAAUGCAACAGUUACCUAAUUACUUGUUUGCUCUAUACACUGAGGUAAUACCUCUUAUCGUAGAGCAAGAAUACUAA